AUCUCUCGUCCCGCCGCCAGAGCCACCACCUCCGGCCCUACUCGCGCGGUUGCUAAGUAGCUGAGCCGGGAGUGCGGUCCGGGAGCGCGGCCCCGGCGCGGGGUCCGGGCAGAAAUUUCUGUGUGGCUCCAUGAACUCAAGAUUUCCAACCAUGCACCAAUUGACUGUGGCCAUUUUACACCAUCCCAGGCCCCAGAGUAAGGUAUCUAUAUGGUCUUUGACUUUGGUAUUUGGGCUUUCCAAACCCAAAUGCAUAUCCAGGAUAUUCAAAGGGAUAAGUGGUGAAUUAACAAGGUGAGUUUUCUCAGGAAGAUCAAGCUCCCAAGCUUGGUGAGGGGUAUGGACACUCUCAGAAGAUGCCAACCAAGCCAGUGAUAAUGGAUCCUAAGCAUUCAGUUUCCCAGCAGCCAGUAGCCUGUGUGAGUCCACAAACUGACACAAUGCUAAAAGGAGCAGGGCUGAAGAAUGAGUUGCCUGAAAGGAAUGAGCCUUGUGGGAGCACCUCAGAGUUUCCUUUCAAUAGACUCUUAAGACUUACAACUGAGGAAAUGAAAUUUAACAUGAAGGUCAAAUCCAUCACCCCCAAACCACCCAGAAAACCAAAGCUGGAGCGAACAUUUUCCUUAGAUGAGAGAGGCUGGAGGAGAAGGCGUUUUAGAACAAGCCGAGAAAGCCUGACAGACCCUAAUGAGACAGGGUCAUCAACUGGCUCCCUACAGGAGGUGAUUCCAAGUCCUCCAAGUUUGACUACAUUAGCUCAUGAUGGCAGUCAUACUCACAACCUCAACAGUCUACAGAGUACCUCUUUGCAGAAUAUUCCUGAACCAGGAGACAUAGGAAAUAGUACAAAUCCCCCUUCCUCCAUGGAUAUUGUUCCUCCCACUGUGACAAGUGGCUCCCUGGAGCUUCUGCGUGGGGUUACAGCUUCAGGGAAUAAACUUAGACUUUCCAAAGUAUUGCCACCAUUACCACUUCCCCCUUUGGAACUGAAUGUAGCAUCUGAAACUCUAAGGACAACUAAUAAAAUUGACCCAGAUUAUGUAAAUUAUAAGCAUCAUGCUCAAAGUAAAUUGCUCCGGCCUGAUAGUAGCCUGAGUGAUAGUAGAUUACAAAGCAGUAUGGUAUGUGAUAGCUCUUCCACAACCUCUUUGAAGUCCUCAUUCAGCCUUCUUACACCCAUUCAGUCAAAGGAUGUCAGAAGCAGGAGCUAUAUGGAAGGAAACCUCUUAGCUAGCGGUGCCUUAUUGGGAGCAGAUGAACUAGCCCGAUACUUUCCAGAUCGGAACAUGGGACUCUUUGUGGCCACAUGGAACAUGCAGGGCCAGAAGGAACUUCCAAAUAACCUGGAUGACUUUUUGUUACCUUCUGAGGCUGACUAUGUCCAGGACAUGUACGUUUUAGGAGUGCAAGAAGGCUGUUCAGACAGGCGGGAGUGGGAGAUCCGGCUACAGGAAACAUUGGGACCCCACUAUGUAAUGUUGUACUCAGCUGCCCAUGGUGUACUGUACAUGUCAGUAUUUAUAAGAAGGGACCUCAUCUGGUUCUGUUCAGAGGUAGAAUAUUCAACAGUAACAACUCGAAUUGUGUCACAGAUAAAAACCAAAGGGUCAUUGGGAGUCAGCUUCACCUUUUUUGGCACCUCCUUUCUCUUUAUCACAUCUCACUUCACUUCUGGUGAUGGGAAAGUAUCUGAUCGACUGUUAGACUACAGUAAAACUAUCCAAGCACUUACACUUCCUAAGAAUGUCCCAGAUACAAAUCCAUAUCACUCUAGUUCCUUGGAUGUCACAAGUCGAUUUGAUGAAGUGUUCUGGUUUGGAGACUUCAAUUUUCGACUGAAUGGUGGACGGAUGGCAGUAGAGUCAAUCCUGAAACAGAAUCUUGAGAUGAACAUGUCAGAACUACUUCAGCAUGACCAACUUAUUAAAGAAAUGAAGAAAGGAUCCAUCUUCAAGGGGUUCAGGGAAGCAGACAUUCACUUCUUCCCUUCAUAUAAAUUUGAUGUUGGAAAGGACAGCUAUGACAGCACUUCCAAGCAGAGGACGCCUUCUUAUACAGAUCGAGUUGUAUAUAAAAGCCGUCAAAAAGAUGAUAUCUGCCCAGUCAAGUAUUCUUCCUGUCCUGGAAUCAAGACUUCUGAUCACCGUCCAGUGUAUGGUCUGUUCCGUGUAAAAGUGAGACCUGGGAGAGACAACAUUCCUCUAGCUGCUGGCAAAUUCGAUCGAGACCUCUAUUUAUUAGGAAUUAAAAGACGCAUUUCAAAGGAACUUCAGAAACAGCAAGCACUUAAAGAUCAAAAAUCCAGUAUGAUCUGUACUGUUUCCUGAGGAAGCUGGCCUUGCAAGAACCUGACAAACUGACAGGAAGGGAAGAUCCCCCCAGCGAGCCAAAUGAAUACUUCAAUCUGUAUCUGAAGAGAACUCACUGUAAAAGAGUGAAAUUGUUUUGUGAGUGAUUGAUCACCUAUGCCAUCUUUAAGGACCCAUGAAGACUAUCUGAAAAGUGGUUCUGUUCUCUGUAUCUUACCAAAAAUGUAACAUGCUGGCUGUAAAAACUUAGUAAUGGUGUGGGACCUAAUUUGUCAGUGUCCCAGGAAGGACAGAUAUCCGGAGAACAAUUUGCAUUCCUUGUAAAUAAAUAAAUCACUCCUUUAUUUGCUGUACUUCCAUUAUGAGCAAGGCAAAUUAUACUUAUUGACAUUUCAGGUAAUACUAGCCUUUUUCAGGGUUGCAAAUAUUGUGUUCUUCCAAUAGAACAUUAAUACAAUCACUGGCACUCUGCUUUGGCAAACACCUGAAUUACAAUUUGCCCUGAACAGCUUAUAUGAUCUAAGGCAGUACUUUAUUUCCUUAAUAUUUUCUGCCAAAAAGUUCUCUAUAACCUGACUAAAUUUCACUCUUUAAAAAUAGAUAUUUUGGCCAUAUACCCCACAGCUAUUGCAUCUUAACUCUUCUAGGUCCAUCUGUGUUCUUCCUAAAUUUAGCCUCCAAAGAUAUACCCAACCCCUGCAAUAUCUAUGUCUGUCGAUCUAUCUGUCUAUCUAAUCUAUCUAACCUAUCUAUCUCCUUUCCUGUAUACAUAAUUCCCCUAAUUACUAUUGAAUAGAAUGCCACAGGAUAGUGAGCCAUUUGCUUAAUGGCCCACUUCUCCCUUACCCACAGGCAUUGGAUCAUGGGAGUAGAGUAGGUAGUUUGUCAGUUGUGCUCAGGGAAGUUUUAAAGGCUAACUUUGUGGCUUAGGACCACUUAGGAUUGUCCUUGGGACAUGAACCCCAAACCCAAGAGUCACUAGUAAGAGGACAAGAGGCCAUGCCCUUAACAAUCCCAGGAGAUAACUGAAAGCUAGCUUGACUCCGGGGAAGGGGAGUACACAAGGUGAUUCUUUAAGAUUGAUACUAUACAUGCAGUGUCUUCACAGAACUUCAUUCAUCCUUAAGACUUUUAUCUCACAGAAGUUACCCCUAAGUGUCAUUUUAUGUAAAUGACUUCAAGAUCUUUGGGAAACAAGGGAACAUUGUAGAAAGGAUAUGUUUGCACAUAAUCUUGUUUUACUCUGUUUAGGUCAUUUGCUUUUUUUUUUUUUUAAGAAUCAGCCACAGAAUAGUAUCGUUUAAAAUCCUUUUCAUUUACUUGCCUAACGGUUUGGAUAUUUGGAUAUUUUGCACUAAUCCUGGAGAAUCAACUACAGAUUUUUAAGAGGGUUUAUAGCAAUACUUUUGUUUUCUUUCUUGUCUUAUAUUCAAAAAAUGUUAUGCCUUGAAUAUGUGGCAGUCAAGGUAGAGUCAAAUCUAGUCUUCUAAAUUAAUAUUUAUUUUUCAUAUUUAUAUUUUAAAAUAAAUAUAUAUUAAAAUUUUUUAAAUGAACAUAGACCUUACCUGUAGGUGUGUUUACUUAGUUAUUUUAGAGUUCUAACAGAAAAAAAGUGACAUUCAAAGUUGAAAAGUUAAGAAUGAAAAAACAACUGACCAGAACCUUUCUGAAUUUCAGUUACAUAACUUCUAUUUUCUAGUCUAUAAGUAAAAUUUACUGUAAAUACAUCAGAAAAUAGAGUAUAUUUAAGCGAGUCUCCCAAUUUCUGCCACAGGAAUGGACUACAAAAUUUGAAUCUCCCAUAUAAACUUGUGUUUGUGUCAACAAAGAACAUUUUUUAAAAAUUCAGCUUUUAAGACAUUUGGAAAAUUCUAUUUUAUCUCAUAGGUAAGAUCCUAUUAGGAAGAAUUUUCCAUUCAAUUUGUUUUAUUUUACUGGGAUGUUGUAUAAAAUAUUGCUUAAAUAAGUGGCCCAUACAUUUCACUUGAAAAUCAUUGUUGUGUUGGUUUUUGUUUAAUAAGAUUUGACCUCAGCAAAUUUUUGCAGAUUCAGAAAUUUUUUUUUUCCAAAUGAAGAGGAGAAAUAAACUUUAUUUCUUCAACUUUAAAGUAAUUCGAGGGGCAGCUAGGUAGCGGAGUGGAUAGAGCACUGGCCCUGGGUUCAGGAGGACCUGAGUUCAAAUCUGACCUCAGACACUUAACAUUUACUAGCUGUGUGACCCUGGGCAAGUCACUUAACCCCCAUUGCCCCGCAAAAUAAUAAUAAUAACAAACUUUAAAGUAAUUCAUAUAUUAAUUGAUUUAUACAGUAGUUUGUGAUUAAGAACUUGGAAGGCACUAUAUAAAUCUGAUUUUUAAAAUCACUAAUUCUGUGUUGAGUAAAUUGCUUAACCAUGAACAUUUAGAUUCUUUAUGAAACGAAUUCACUCCUGGAAAAUUAUAAAGUAAUUUUGAUUAAGCAUAAAUUACUAUUGUACAAUUUCUGGAUGAAAAAAAACUUAUUUGCUAAUUUCCCAAGCAAUAAUCAAAUCUGCUUAAAAUUUGAUUAAUCUGAGUUGCUUAUAUAAAAGAUUUUUGUUUAUCAGGUCUCUGAUAAAUUGUUUUCAUCUUGAUUUUUUUUUUUUACUUAAGCUAUACUUUUUUUGUACUUACACAAUUAAAACUGAGUUGCCAAGAAACAAACCCAAAAUAUGGUCUGUGGUUUCCUAAUCUUCCUUUGGUAUUUUUUUUUUUAGUUAACAAAAAUCUACUUUCCCUUCAGCCUUUUCCUUUGUCCCCCGCAGCCCCCACAAAACCAAAAAACAAAACCUUUAAAACACUAGUAAAAGAAAUAUUCAGUCAAACAAGAGAUUCCCACAUUGAACAUGUCCAAAAAAGUAAGUCUGAUUCUUCAUCUCAAAUUUAUCACUUCUCUUUCAAGAAGUAUGUAGCCUGCUUCAUCAUAGAUCUUCUGGUUGGUCCCUGUAGUUAUUAGAUUUCUUAAGUAUUUCAAAGUUAUUUGUCUUUAUGAUGUUACUGUAUCAAUUGUUCUAUUUCAUUCCGUUAAUUAGUUUAUACAGGCUUUCCAAGGAUUCACUGAAACUAUCCCUUUCAUUUCUUACAGGAUGAUAGUAUUCCAUUCUAUUCAUAUACUAGAAUUUGUUCAGUCAUUCCCUAACUGAUGGGCACCCUGUCUUAGUUUCCAAUUCUGUACCACUACAAAAAGAGCUGCUAUAAAUACAUCAUAUGCGUGGAUCCUUUACCUUUCUUUGAUCUCUUAGGAGUACAGGCCUAGUAGUGCUAUCUCUGGCUCAAUGAACAUGUGCAGUUUAAUAACUUUUGGGGCAUAGUCCCAAUUGCUUUCCAGAAUGGCUGGACCAAUUCACAGCUCCGCCUACAAUGCAUCCAUGUGCUUGUUUUCCUGCAGCCCUCCCAACAUGUCAUUUUCCUUUUUUGUUGUUUGCUUACCUGUUAGGUAUGAUUUAAAAGUUCAGAGUUCUUUUAAUUUGCAUUUCUAGAAUUAUUAGUGUUUAGAACAAUUUUUUCAUUUGACUAUAGAUGACUUGGAUUUCUUCCUUUGAAAGCAGCAGCAGCCUGUUCAUAUCCUUUGACCAUUCAUCAAUUGCUUCUCUUCGUACUUCAACUUGAUUACUAGUAAGGUAUGGUUAUUUUCUUUUCUUUUUUUUUUUUUAAUAAAAGUACUUUAUUAUUUUCCAGUUACAUGUAGAGAUAGUUUUCAACACUUGUUUUUAUAAGAUUUAAAAUUUCAAAUUUUUU